AUGUCGUCCGAAACAGAGUCAGCCGACAACACAACUGAUAAGGUCGAAGCUCCCCCCGCAAGAAAGGCAAAGUCCUCCAAGCCCAUGAUCUCCAGGGACGACGUCGAAGCUAUUCGUGAGAGAUGGGACGCCGCAAUCGCUCGCAUUCACCCUGACGCCAAGAAGCAUCCUGCUCUGUAUCGGCGUGUGGUGGAAUUGAUCGAGAAGAGUAAUCUUCGUCGUGGCUGGAGCGAUACUCAAUUCUACAAGAACUUUGUAGCCUGGUGUCGCGUCUCUGGACCUGAUGCUCAGCCUGAUCCUGAAAUCUUCCUUGCCACACUUGCGGUUCAUGAAUCCUUCGGCAACAACAAUGUCAAGUUCAUCGAAGAAGUCAGAAAGCGCGGCCUUAAGCAAUGGGUGGAGCACCAGCUCAGGAAACACCUACCCUUUGUAUCAACACCUAUCUCAGCUGAGCCAGAGACACCCCGAGUCAAAGUUGAACCUGGAGCCAGUAGCCAAGGAACAGAUCGAAGGCAAGUCGAUGCUGCUUACAGGAACAACAUUAUUCGACCAUCGGUCGAAGGUGAUUUCGGCGGUCCCAUUCGCGCUGUCAAACGGCCUGCCCCUGAACACCCAGCCCAGCCUGCGAACAAACGUGCAAGCGUUCAAGUAGAUCAAGCACUUCUCACUGCUGAAGUCCAUAGGCUUGCAGAGCUUCAGGCCUCGCAGCAACGAAUUGUCCUCCGAGACGCAGGUACGCAGACCGACAACGACAUUUCUCUGGAGAGAAUCUCAGAGCCAAUGCUCAAGGCGGCCGAAGCCAUGAGGGAGAACAAUGAGAAGCAGGACGAACAAAUCCGAACUUUGAUGGAACACAAUCGACUGCUCGCUGAUCUUCUCGGGAGGUUUCAAGCUUCCCAACUAAGGCCUGCUGACAGCAUGCCCCGACAGCACUUUCAAGCUCAACCCCAGGAGAUCGUUCCGCUGCAGUCCGUCAAUCAUCAGCCGCCUGCGUACUACUACGAGCGCCCUCGAAUGACCAGCAACAGUGGCCAGAUCUUCAGAUUCGAAUAA